AUGGCAAGGAACAGUCGCCAGAUCGUUGGUGCAGUCAUCUCAUCUCCGCCUUCACCUUCCGAAUCGGUCAGUGGCGAGGGAGCAGGACUGUUCGUAUUGGAUUCGUGCUCGAGCUUUAUCAUUGUCGUUGACGAUCUGAGGGAUGAUUAUUCGUCACGGAGGAAAAGAAGAAGCGUAUUGACAUAUCCUGUUCAAGCCCUGUUGCCCCGCGAACAGCAUAUGGUCCCUCCCGAAUGUGUACAGAUUGUCGUUCUCCGCCGCCGAAAGGAUUUGAAGUUUUCCCCCUCCAAGGAACAAAUCAAUUCAACGUGAAUAAAAACAUA